AUGCUUGGACUCCCUCCUGAUGCACCCCUCAACCUUUGGAGCUUGCUUGAUCCCGAAACGCCGGAUGCGAAACCUCAGUAUAAUUAUCAUGUCCUUGUCAAGCUCGCUAUACUUGGCAACAAAGGACAGAAGGCUACUUUGCAAGAUAUUCUUAGGGCCAUCCGUAUGCGCUUCCCGUAUUAUGACAAGCUGUCGAAGCAAGAAGCGAUAGCCUUCGGGAACUCGAUUCGGCAUUUGCUGUCCCUUCUCGCAGCCUUCGUAAGGGAGCCGAAGCCAGUUACUGAGCCCGGCAAGGGUGCAUACUGGAGAGUCGACUUUUCGAAAGGUGAAGGCAACAAGCGUGUGCGUAAGCGCAAUAAACCUCAGAAGAAAUCA